AUGGCAACUGAGCUUCUUGACAUUCAAGAAGCCGAGGCAGUACCUAGGCCCGAAUCCACAGUCCAGCACCAGGAGGUCACAGUUAAUGGGAAUGUCUGCAGAGGAGGAAUCAACAUCACUGCACUCCAGAGAGAAUUCAGCACGUUCCUGGAGGAUUAUCUCAUACAGCCAUAUCUCGCUGCCCUCCCACCUGAAAGAAGAAUUUUCAACAUGGCAGAUGCCGAGGAGUCCAUACAACAUUUAAGGUGCUACACUGAUCCUGAGAAUGCUGAGAAAGCUUCUACCAGUUGUUCUGGUAGAUGAAGAAGAGCGCUCCCUGAAGGGAAUUGCAGGAUAUAAGGAGGCAUGGGUACAUAUCAACAGUGAAGUGCCCAUCAUCACUGACUACCUUGACAAAUACCUCAUGAUCACAACAGGAGACUGGCCGACAUACUACUUUCAAAA